GAUAACGAAACGAUUAUAAGUCACUUGAUCCAGCGAUUCAGCACUGUAAAGUUUGUUGAUUGUUCAUAACAUUCCUUUGUGAAAUAAGUGGUUUAUAAAAGCAAUCUGGUGUAGCAGCCAAGUCGGCUAGAUUCUUAAAUGGCUUCCAAAGGAAAAAAAUCAGUAGCAGUGGAGAUCCCAGAAUGCCCAAUAUGCUUGGAGACCAUGACCAUACCGGUUUUCCUGUGCCAGUCGGGGCACAGUCUGUGUAACUCCUGCACACUAGCUCUCUCCUCUCCAUCAUGCCCCAUCUGCCGACAACCCAUGACCCAGAUGAGGAACCGCUCCCUUGAGGAACUCAUUAACAAGGCCAAGUCGCCAUGCCCCAACCAGAGUGCGGGCUGCGUAUUUUCGCUGCCCGGCGCGGCGAUGGCCGACCAUCUCAAGGAGUGCCUGUACCGUCCGCGAGAGUGCCCGCACGCGGUCUUUGGCAGGUGCUCCUGGAAUGGUGAUCUAAGGAGGAUGAUGGAGCAUUUCAAAGAGAAGCACCCGGCCCACUGCGUGGCCGAAGUGGACCGCGAGGCGGGUUGGAGGUUGCAGGUGGACCAGCUAGACUUGAAGGAGUGCGCGCGGCACGUGUUUCUCGCCGCGCAGCAAAACUUUCUCUUCAUCAUCACCCUCAAGGUGGACACUAUCCAGCGCAUGGCCUACUGGGCGAUCCAGCAUAUCGGACAAAAGAAAGUCGCCCAACAACACCUCUACGAAAUACACGUAAUCAGCCAACGCGAUCAGCAACGCAAAGUUGUCUUCACCGAGCACUGCUUCAACGACAGCAUGAAAGCCGAUGAGGUGUUCCGACACGCCAACUGUGCUAUCAUGCCUCUUGACAUGCUAACCCAUUUCAUAAAGGACAAGAUAUUUUCCUUCCGCUUUGUUAUCAAGAGGUUGAAUAAUGAUAAUAAACAGAAUGUUGGUCAGGCUCCGAGUAGUAGGGAGUCCUCUGUUUCCAGGGGCCGGGAGGCUUCGCAGGACCCGGAGACGAGAGGCCCGGGGCCAAAGCCGCAUUGGAAGAAACAUCCAGGACAGAAACCUGGGCCUAAGAAAUUUACAAAGGCACAGGAUUAAGUUUUGUAUUGUAUUGUAAUGCUUAACAGUACCCUAAGAGCCAAAUAAUGUUAGUAUUAAUAAUUAGGAAUUUUAAAAGGCCAGUAAAGUUUACAUGGUCAGUUGGGAAACAAAAUAACCAGCAUUGUACCUCGAAAUAGCCCAUGCAGCUGGCCUUGUCUAUAUAUGGUGGCCAACUGGUCAGUUUAUUAUGUUAACUGAUCAUGUAGAAAUUACAUACCUAAGUAUAGGAACACACCAUCAGGUAUUAUGUAGGUAUAAAAACUUGUAACAUGACAUUUGUAUUGUUACUGUAACUUCUUAUUAACCUUUGGACGCCAAUGACGGAUAUAUCGGCAGCGUAGGUCUAACGCCAAAGACUGAUUAAUCUGUCACAGACACAGAGUAACAUAGACCUACGUGCAUUCGCAUAAAGUUCAAAUUCAGUUUUGACAUUUCGGUGGCGUGGCGUUCGAGUUUGUGUUUGACAUGGCAUCGAGAAGGUUAAUCUGCUUGAAUGUAGUUACAUAUAUACCCCAUCAUACCGUGCAGCACUGGCAACGUCUCACAGCCCCUCUGGUGUUGCAGGUGUCUAUGGGCGACGGUAAUCGCUUACCAUUAGGCGAUUUGUCUGCUCGUUUGCCUCCUGUAUCAUAAAAAAAUUUUUUUUACAUAAAUUAUGUAUACACAUAAAUGGGACAUAACAUUAAUUUAUAAGCUAAUAUCAGUGAUAUACUGUUUGUAAGUUGGUUUGCUUUUAGGAGCCCAAUGCAUGUAAUAAAAUAAAUAAA